CCCUCUUCACCGAGACCCCCCACGACAUGACGGCCCAGGCGGGCGAGGACGUGGAGAUGGCGUGUUCCUUCCGAGGCAGCGGCUCCCCCUCCUACUCCCUUGAGAUACAGUGGUGGUACGUCCGCAACCACAAGGACUGGACGGACAAACAGACGUGGGCUUCCAACCAGCUGAAAGCAUCACCGCAGGAGGAGCCUGGGAAGGACGCGACAAAAAUAAGUGUGGUGAAGGUGGUUGGCAGCAACAUCUCCCACAAGCUGCGUCUGUCGCGGGUGAAGCCGGCGGACGAGGGGACGUACGAGUGCCGGGUGAUCGACUCCAGCGACGGCAAAGCGCGGCACCACAAGGUGAAGGCGUACCUGCGGGUGGAGGCGGCGGGGGGCGUGGGGCACCCCCAGGACACCCAGCUGCGGGGCGCCCCGCUGCCGGACCCCGCCGCGCCGGGCUCGGCCCACGCGCACCACCAUCACCACCACCACAAAGCCGGGAAGGAGCUGAAGAAGCGCUCGGUGGACGCCUCCUGCGCGCUGUAGGCAGGCGGUGCCGGGGGGAUGCUGGAGCCCCACCGCCCCCACACCGCCGCCCCGGACUCAGCGGAGCCAUCAAGGGUCCCGCGCCCCCUGCCAGAGACUGGCCCCACCACCCCAUCGUGCCCACUGACCCCCACCGCCUCCUCCUCCCGUCGGUCACCGCCGGCUCGGUUUCUUCCCCGGCCCUGAGGCGCGGCGGUGCCAGGGCUCGGUGUGGGAGCAGGACCGUAUCUGCGCUGGGGGGGCAUCGGUGGGACUGUGCCCAGGGCCAGGGCAUUCACCCACACAUGGUGCUCACUGGCCCCACACAGGGGGGCACCACGCUGCUUGCUGCCACGGGCCACCUUGUGCCCAGCUUUGUGUGCCCGGUGGAGGCUCCCCCCCCACCACCACCCAUGGGACCCUCACCACCCUCCCUUGUGCUUUGCAGAACCACCCGUCAGUUCCCGUAGGAGGCCCAGUUUAGUUGCUCCCCUCCAGCCCCGCAGUGCACACGUAUAAGUUCCAUCAUCCAUCCAUCUUACAGACCCUCUAUAUUGCCUCUCCCUGCCCUUGCCUGCCCCAAAGCCGCCCACAUACGUCGAGGCCUGAGCUCAGCGGAGGAAGGACGGCACGGCACACUCCUGGCACGCUCCCGGCACACUCCUGGCACGCUCCUGGCACGGCCAGUGGGCACUGCGGGAUGUGCUGUGGCAUUGCCCAGCCAGGCAGUUGCCCACAGUCCGUGUGUGCCCGGGGAGCUGUGCCAUCAGAACUGGCCCGCUUGCACCCAUUUCUGCUCCCGGCCCUUUGCAUUUCAUGGAGGAAGAGGAGCUCGGCCGUCAGCUCCGGAUGCCCUCACUCCGUGCCUGCUGUCGGUGGAGCUCUCGGUCCCCUGUUCCUGGCCAAGCUCCCCCUCCUCCUGCGCCAUGGCACCACAGCUCACGGGCUCCUGUGUCACAGUGCAAAUGGCAGAGCCCAUCCCCUGUGUCCCCCCACCCCCGGGGAAACACUGCCGCUGGGGACCGGGGUCACAGGGAGGGAGAGGGGGGGUCCCGGGUUCUCCCCAUCUGGGUGCCGGGCGCUGCUCCCCUGCCGCCGCUCGCCCUCGCCGCCUCGCCUGCCGCCACCAGACCUGCUGCAGCUAAUAAAGCUCUUUAAACAAA